AAAAGACUCAAAGACUGUCAAAAAAGGGGUGGGAAGGCUGAAGGCUGCUCUAGCUGUAUUGGUUCCUAACACCAAAGGGAUUGAUGAUGCUUGUCGCCUUGGAAAGAGGAAUCUCCAGAGAGGAGAAAAACAUUUGGCAAAGAUACAAUCUAGCGGUUAUGCUGGCACCCUUUUUAUUUUCCCUAACUUCCGGACUGGUCCCAUCAAGACCCAACAUUUUGCUAAUAAUGGCAGAUGACCUUGGCUAUGGUGAUUUGGGCUGCUAUGGUAAUGCCACAAUCAGGACCCCUAAUAUUGAUCAGCUGGCAAAGGAAGGAGUGAAACUUACUCAACAUAUUGCUGCAGCAUCUCUUUGUACUCCAAGCAGAGCAGCUUUCCUGACUGGCAGAUACCCCGUCAGAUCAGGUAUGGCAUCCAGCAAUAAACAACGUGUCCUCUAUUGGGUUGCUGCUUCAGGAGGGCUUCCCAACAAUGAAACAACUUUUGCAAAGUUGUUACAGCAGCAAGGCUAUGCAACUGGCCUGAUAGGAAAAUGGCACCAGGGUUUGAACUGUGAAUCCCGUAGCGAUCAUUGUCACCAUCCUUUGAGCCAUGGCUUUGAUUACUUCUAUGGAACUCCUUUUACCCUUGUAAAUGAUUGUCAGUCAAGGAAGAAUCCCGAGGUUGGAGUAAAUCAGCGAGCUACCUACUGGUUUUACACACACAUAGUUGCCCUUUUGGUGUUCACUCUUUUGCUGGGAAAAGUGACUGGUUUGUGCUCUGUAAAAUGGAAAAUAAUUGCCCUCAUUACGUUGUGUGGCAUCUUGUUUUUCAUCUGCUGGUUUAUCAGUUAUGGAUUUGUGAGUUACUGGAACUGUAUUAUAUUAAGAGAUCAUGUUAUUAUUGAGCAACCAAUGGAGCCAGAGAUGUCUGCUUCCAGGAUGCUGAAAGAAACCAUCUCAUUUAUUGAACGAAACCAAAAAGGGCCAUUCCUCCUCUUUGUUUCCUUUUUACAUGUCCAUACACCACUUGUCACUACAAAAAUGUUUCGUGGGAAAAGCAGACAUGGUUUAUAUGGAGACAAUGUAGAGGAAAUGGAUUGGAUGGUAGGAAAAAUUCUUGCUGCAAUUGACAAAAACGGAUUGAGGAAUAACACUUUUACUUACUUCACAUCUGACCAUGGAGGAUUUCUGGAGGCUAGAGAUGGAGCUUUCCAGCUCGGUGGGUGGAAUAGUAUUUACAAAGGUGGAAAAGGCAUGGGAGGCUGGGAAGGAGGAAUCCGUGUGCCUGGAAUAGUUAGAUGGCCAGGAAUGGUCCCUACUGACACUAUUAUUGAUGAACCAACACAUCUUAUGGAUAUUUAUCCCACAGUAGCUCACCUGGCUGGGGCAUCAGUGCCACAAGACAGAGUAAUUGAUGGCCAGAACCUACUACCGUUACUGCAGGGAUCAGCACAGCACUCGGAGCAUGAAUUCAUGUUUCACUAUUGUGGAUCAUAUUUACAUGCAGUACGCUGGUACCAGAAGGAGACUGCCCUCACUAUGGAUAUUUUUAGUGCCAAGGCUUUGUGAAGGGAAGAAGUGGAAUUCUGUAUGCCUGCUCACCCCACCUACCGCCAGAGUAUUACUUAAAGGCAGCUAAUACACUUAUCUUUACUGGCAAAAGCAGUAUGAGAAUAGAGGUUACAAAAGUAAAUAGAAGAAACUCAAAAGUGCAUUUCCUGAAAAAUCUUCUGUUCGGAAGAACCAACGCAUCCUUUCCAAGGGACGAGUAAAAGUCCCAAACUGUUACCUGAAUUGGUCUCCUUGCGAGUAAGAAAAUAGUGGGGGGGGGGUUGCAGCAAGGAAGAUGGCUAUGCAAGAGGCAGUAACUAUGGGAUCUUUUUCACCAAUUUUUACAGAGUCCCUUCCCAAAAUAGAAAAUGAGGCUGGUGCUUAAAUUUCAAAGAGCAGUAUUUUAUUGAAAGAGGAAAAUGCAUGCAUGUACACACACAGGGUAAAUAGUAAAAAUGGUUACACAUACACAGAGUCCUGGGAAAUUAGGCAGAAGUUGGGAUAGAGUUAGGGAGGGCAAAGUUUAUCUACCUAUCCUGAAGAGUAGUCCAGUCCAUGGGGAAGGGGGCAGCUUCAAACGCCAGCAGUCUUGGCCAGGAGAGCAAGAGGCUUAGGGCAAACCUCAAGGGAACAGUGCUUCGGAUCCAGUAAGCAUGUACAGAGAGAGAGUCUUAGGGAAGAGACCCUAAGGGAGCAGCGUCCUGGAAGCAGGGAUCCUUGAAACAUGCAUGAUUUGAAUGGGGCAAGGGCACUAAUCUUACAGGGUAAAAGGUGGGGUAGCCUACCCAGCCAUUGGAACAAAGACUUUAAUGGUCAGUUCCUGGGAGUAACAAAAGGUUUGAUUACCUUGAUUGCUAGCUGCCAGGGCGUGUGAAAGAGAAUGCAAAAUUUGUUCUGGCACUGCACCAAGGGGCAGUUUGCUCAUGAAGUCCACCGGAGCUAAGUUGAUGAAUUUAGGUAGGGAAUGUGCCUUCCCAGGAAUGAAUUAUGAAUGCCAGUUGAUUCUCUCCUCAGUCAUGGACAGAUCUCAUCACGGGAGGAGGGAAAGAAAUGUGUUAAGUGGGGGUGACUCUGCAAGACCUUUGUUGCGCUGGAUUUCUUUAGGGGCUGGGGAGACUAUAAAAUUAAUCGCCACUAGUCUCUCCGCAAUUACAUGUGGCAUUCCUUUUAUGCCUGGGUCUCCUGGGUGAGACUCGGCAACUGUUAGCUGGAAUUCCCCUGGCUGGAAUCCAAACAGCCAUUUAAAAUCCAGGGGCCUUGUGAUUUUAUAUCACAGGUAGCCAUGUUAGAUGGCUAUUAAAGAUGGCGGAGGCCAGGCCGACUGCUUACAAAAACCUGUAUUUGGAUCAAUUUAAAAAAGAGCAAACUUUUGAGUUCCACUGUACUCUCUGUCAGGCUAGAUAUCUGAUACAAAAGGUGAAGGAAGAAAAGGUGUCUGGAGCAUGAUGGUGAGGUCCUUGGGUGACAUUUGAUUACUCUUAAAAUGGAAUACAGAAUGUGUCAGAGAUGUAAUUGGGUCAGAUGGUGUUAGGUUCAAAAACAAGUUGCAAAAUGCACCAAAAGUUAGUGGGACAGGCUGUUGUUUGGCUUCUCCCUCUCCCUUUGAGAUUAUACAAGCCAGCAGUUCAGCCUAUGUCUUCCAAGCAUGUAAGGCACAGUGCAGGACCAAAACAGGGAUAGUUGUUUAAUAAAUCAGAAAGUUAGUUUUAGGUGAUACCAUUAGUGCAUCUGUUGUGAACUAACCAGAUCUUAAUGCUAUAAAAAAUUAAUUACCUAGAUAUGAAGAAACCGUUUAUUUUUGGCAUUGCACUGUGUAUCUUUUUUAACAAAUGAUUUUCUUUCUCUCAGGUGGUGCUCUCUGGAAAGCCCAUUAUGUGACUCCAAAAUUUUAUCCAGAGGGGGCUGGAGCCUGUUAUGGACAAAGGAUGUGCCAGUGUUUUG